UGACAACCUAUAUCUAAUGAGUUAUUGAUGCUGGAAGUCUGAAUCUGUGAAUAUCUUUCCAACUUUACCAAGCCACAACCACCCAAGGAGUGGUAUAUUUAAUUUUGAAAAAAUGCAUUUAGUCAUACUUCAAGCUUUAAGUGCUUUAUUAACACAAAACUAAGUUUUGUAUUGUUUUAUGAUCACAGGUUCUGUCUAAAAAGAUGUGGCAUCAUUUUAAACAGUGAAACCAUACUAAUAAAAUGUAAUGGCCAACCAGUGUGUAAUACUGGAUUCUGCAAAAACUGAAUGCAGCAUACUGGACAAAGAAAUUCUCUACAGAUAUUUUUUCUCAUCUAAAUCUUUUCUUAUCACAAUGAAUGCAUUAUUUACUAGGGAUGCACAAUAUUAUCGGAACAAUAUCGGUAUCUGCAGAUAAACCCGUUUAUCGGUAUCUGCAGAUAUGAAAAUUUCUGCCGAUAGGCACAGCCGAUAAGGUGACGUAGUAAAUGGGCGCGCGCGGUGACAUCCAUAGUGCGCCAAGAGCAAGUCUCAACAUGUCGGCUGUGUGGAGGUAUUUUAGUAUCUCAGGAACAGACAAGAAAUUAGCGAUUUGCAAUGAUUGUAAAGCUCAAGUGAUGCGAGGAGUAGAAAAGCAACACUCCUUUAACACUACCAAUUUAAUUGUGCAUCUCAAGAGCCGUCACCCUGAACUGCACCGGGAGUUUCUUAAAAGCAAGGAGGAAAAAGCGCCAGCACCAGCGAAAACCUCGAUGCAGCCUCUCCUUCGAUCAUUCAACAAAGCUAAGGCAUUUAACAGUGAUCACCCCAAGGUAAAGGAGAUCAACAAGAAAAUAAUCGAAUUCAUUGCUCUUGAUAACCAGCCAUUCAGCGUGGUUGAAGAUGCGGGCUUUCGCAGGCUAAUGAUGCAUCUGGAGCCCCGCUACGCCAUGCCUAGCCGGCGUUUCUUCUCAGAUGUAGCCUUACCUGAACUGCAAUGCUCCGUCUCCAAUCACGUAGAGAAGCUCCUCGCUAAUGCUGCUCACAUUAGCUUCACUUCGGAUAUUUGGACAUCGAGUGUAAGUCCUGUCAGCAUGUUGAGUCUCACAGCACAGUGGAUAGACGAGGAUUUUACUCUUAAAAAAGCCGUUCUUCAUUCGCAGGAGUGCUCCGGUUCUCACACAGCGGCUUCCAUUGCUUCUGCCUUUGACAGCAUGUUUAAAAAAUGGAAUAUAUCCAAGGAGAUGGUGCAUGUAGUGCUACGUGACAAUGCGCGUAACAUGGCAAAAGCUAUGUUGGAGUUCGGAGUGCCAAGUUUACCGUGCAUGGUGCACACACUGCAGCUCGCGGUACAUGAAGGCGUUCUGGCCCAGCGCAGCGUUGCGGAUGUUGUUGCCGUCGGGAGGAAAAUUGUCGGACAUUUUAAACAUUCUCAAGUUGCAAGCAGCCGCCUGCAAGGUGUACAAAAGGAGCUCGGGAUGCAGGUAAAACGGCUUCAACAGGAUGUUGCAACAAGAUGGAAUUCCACCUUUUAUAUGAUGCAAAGUCUGGUUGAGCAGAAGAGGGCAUUAGGAGCAUAUGCUGCUGAUUAUGAGCUGCCGGCCACUGUGACGGCAAAUCAGUGGGCGAUUUUAGAAAAUAUGAUCACACUUCUGGCACCUUUUGAGCAACUGACUAGAGAGAUAAGUUCCGCAGAAGCCUCUGCUGCUGAUGUGAUCCCUGCGGUAGUGGCACUGAGGCGCCUGCUGAGCAGACCUACUGACACCGACAGAGGUGUGCAGACUGCAAAAGCGACCCUCCUGAAAGCUGUGAAUGACCGCUUCCAUGGUGUGCAAAGUGAGCCCCUUUUUUCCAUAGCUACAAUGCUUGAUGCCCGUUACAAAGACCGGUACUUUGACGUGGAUCAAAAGAGGAGUGCCCGUGACCUGUUGCUGACAGUGUUGGAUAAAAUGGAUGAUGGCACGGGAAGCGCACACACCAGCACAGAGGCCCCCCUGAAAAGAAGACCCGAACAAGAUCACUGCUGGACAUGUAUGAAGAAAUUCUGGAGGAGAGUGGCACACAUGGAGAGUUGGCAAAUACCGAAACAGCAUCACAGAUAAAUGCAUACCUGUCUGAGGCCCCAAUCUCCAGGAGCAACAGUCCACUGGACUACUGGAAAACCAACCAGUCCCGUUUCCCUGCACUCGCUCGUGCAGCACGCAAGUACCUGUGUGCGCCCAGCACAAGUGUUGACAGCGAGCGGCUAUUUAGUGUUGCCUCUGAUGUGAUAGAUGAAAUGAGGAAUCGUCUAGAUUGUGGGAAAGCAGAGAUGCUAAUUUUUGUGAAGAAAAACCUUCCCUUGCUCCUAAAUAGUUAGAUAAAGACAAGCUUAUCUGUCAGCUGAAGUCAUCUCUAAUUUGCCUUGAAAAGGUAAAGACUUAAGUUCAAGUUGUGAAUUAAAUUCUUAAGGGGGUCAAUUUCUCAAUCCCAAGGUUGUAAACGUAUUUUUAAUAAAAACUGAUGGAUUAUUUCUUUUUCCGUCAGAUUUAUGUGUUGGAUUUUUUUUUCCAUAAUCAUUCAUUUCUCUUUGUGUCCUGAUACUGAAGGACUGAUGUUUUAGGUCAGGAAACUACUGCUUUUAUUUUGUGCUCUAAAGAUCACUAUGUCACCUGCUCUUUAUAGUGCUGUUAACAGAAAAUGCUUGAUAUUGUUUUCAAUUUGUCUUCUUUCAGUCAGAACUAAUAGAUCAGCACUAACUGAAAUGGUUUUUGUUCUUUAUCCUCAUUUCUUAUACUGAAAUGGACUGACGUUUUAGGUCUGAGCUAGCUAAUUUAAAUUUUUGCACUUUUGUUUUUUGUUCAAGCACUUUUAGUAUUAUUCCAGGGAAGCACCCUGCAAGUCAGUUGUUCAGUUAGGAUUAUUAUUAUUUUUCCAUCUGAAAAAAUAAGCUCCUUAAAUAAAAUGUAGCACUUUAUUUAUUUGCACUCCAGAGCUCUCUUUCUGUCUGUCACCAGGUUGUUACAGUAGCUCUAAAAUAGUCAAAUGCAGCUUGGUUUUUGUUUAAAAAUGCAUUGUACAUUUUACAGUUCAUGUGAUUCAAAGAAAUUAUUUUUCUGUAUUUCAAUACUGAAUGUCAUGAGUUUGAAAAAUAAUACAUUUCUUAUUUAUGUUAAAAUCAAAUGUUUUUUGUCUUGUUUUGCAUGUGUUUCUUAAACAAAUAGACUGUCACAAUAAGAGUAACAUGUAAAUUCCAGUACAGGAGAGACUUAGCUUUCUUUACAGUGGAAAAAAACCCAAACGUGUGAUUAUUGGUAUCGGUAUCGGCCAAAAGGCAUUUCGAUAUAUCGGCAUAUCGGAUAUCGGCAAAAAUCCAAUAUCGUGCAUCCCUAUUAUUUACGUGUGUGAAUGUAUUUACUUAUUUAUUUAGUGAGUUAGUUUUUCUUUAGAUAGGCAAAGGCCAUUUAUUGAUCACAUAUAGGCUAUUAAAUAAAUAUUUAAAAAAACAAAAGCAUUUAAAAUACUAUUAAACAACUUAGGCAUUUAUUGAGUCACUAAAAUACUGUAGAGUCUACGGUCACAUUAGUCUGACUAUAAUCAUCCUCUGGUAAAUUCACAACCAUGUACUGAUGUCCCUUACCAAAGGGACUUUAGGAGAUGAUUAUAUGAUGAUAAACUGUGACCUGCUGGUUGGGUUCUCUCUGUUUUCGUGUUUCUUACAUGUUGGUCUCCUGAUGCUGCCUUACUUCGGCUAGUCUAUGAGCAACACAGUUUGCCCUGUUCCUAUUGCCAGGGUUCCAGUCUUCCCACUCACGCCUGUGCUUUUGAAAACAGUUUUGCUUCUUUGGUCGUGGUGGAGUUUCGAGUGUAGACAUUUUUAAACACGCGGGAGCAGCAGUGUCUGUAACCAGGAAACCCGCGGCAGAACCGGCAAAUGGACCUGCUGGACCUCGGAUGGGGUCCUCGUUACAUAGGUCUAAGGAAGAUGAAACUGGCUGCCCUUAAUAUUUCCUGUGUUUUAUUUUGUUUAUUAUGCAGUUUUGAUGCAUGUGUGACAGACGUGUAUGGGACAUUUAUGAAAAUACGGAACAAUUAGCGUCCCGUAUUGAAUCAAUACGGGAUACUACAAUUAAUUGUCAAACAAAGGACGAUUCUGUAUUUUAAGGAACGGGUGGCAACCCUAUGCCGCACUCCUGUAGCUGCGUGCUCUUUUCCCAUUCUUUAGGAUGCCUCUGCCGGAGGUGCUGAAAGAGGUUAGUUGUGCUGCUACUCUUCCUUUUGACAGUACUUUUGCAAACCUUGCACAUGACUGUAGUUUGCUCUGUGUCAGUCUUGUCAAAGCCGAACCACUUCCAUAUAAUCGAUGUAACAUGAGGCCCUUUUCUCGCCACCAACUCUUCGUCUGCUGUUCUGUCCGCCAUGACGGGGGUGGGGGUGUGAGUGUUUUGGCGGAAGGAGAUGAGAGGCGGAAGCAAACGCCAGUGCACAAGUCAUGAAAGGCAGAAGAAGAAUCUGUAUUGUUAUAUAUUUAAGCUCGCCUCGAUUUUACGAUUUCGCAAAUUUUCAAAUCAUCAGGUUUUAAAAAUGCGAAUUAAUCGAAUUAAUUCGAUUUAUCGCCCAGCCCUAUCUAAGGGUAAUGGAAACACAGCUAAAGUCUAGAUCAGGGGUCUGGAACCUUUAACACUCAAAGAGCCAUUUUGACCCGUUUCCCACAGAAAACACCGGGAGCUGCAAAAUCCUUUUGGUAUUUAAAAUGAAGACAACACUGCAUAUAUCACUUUUUACCUCUAUGCCCUUGUUGAUUUUUACUAAUUAAUAAAAUUAAUUAAAUAGCCUGCUGAUUAUUUUUCAAAGCUAGAGGGAGCCGCAACAGAAGGAUGAAAGAGCCGCAAUGUGGCUCCUGAGCCACAGGUUGCUGACCCCUGGUCGAGAUACUUAUGACAUGAAAAGUCAGAAUUGGCUCCAGAGCAAAGUCUGAUUGUAAAGAUUUGAUUUUCUUUCUGACGGAUAAAUGAGAGUUUAAAAACUCUGUCAAUCCUUUUUUCUUUUUUUGAGUUGUCUCGAUAGGGAAACAUUACCACAAAUAAGAAGAAAAAAGACAAAACACAAAGAAGAACCAAAGUAGCACAGGAUAAACAGAAUUACAGUGCCAUCUCUGCAGUGUUUACUUCUGGUAUUAAUUAAUUUUAUGACAGAAGGUAUGUUUGUACUGUCAGGUGCUGAUCUAAUCUGCCCUUUCAGCCUUUCUGUUUUAACUGCGAUGUUUGAUUUACCACCUUGAUUCUGACUGGACAAACAACAAAUACAAGUCACUGGGCUUGUACAGAGCAGUGGAGGUUUAUGUCCGCCUGUAUGGAGAAUUUGAAAAACUGUAUGUCAUGCAGCACUGUAUGAAAUGUAAACAAGAGUACAAAACUGUUAUACUAGAAACUCUAACGUAAUAAAUAUUUUAGAAAAGAGAAUUCAUUUUUUUAAGUUAGUCAUGUAAUUCCAAAAGAAAUCGAAGUUUCUGUAAGACCUGUUAAAAGUUUAGUCUCGAUGUUAAAAGGCAGCAUGGAAGUGGUGGUAUUUUACUAUAGAUGUACACUUUAAAAAAUAAACAAUUCCCGUUUUGUUGCUAGUUACAUGUCAAGUUUGGUGGCACUCAUAUUUCUUUAACUCUUGUCAAUGGAAAAGAAGCUAGAAGAGAAAAUAAUUUAAAGUCUGAUAAUAUUGAGCUUAUAGCUUGUUUUUUUAGUUGGUGUAUAGUGGUGACUGAACUAAUAAUGGUCCCAAUUUUGUGACUCAUGCUGUGUCUGAAUAUUUGGAUGGAUAUUUAUAGAUGAUAAGAUACGUAGAAGCUCAAAACUGAUGUAUCUCAGCUGAAAACUCGCUCUCUGUGAUU